UGAACACUUGGGUGACACAUACAUCCCUAAUUAUCAUCGAGUGUUCUUCAUGAUGACAACGAUUUCAGUCACAACUGCUUGAAACUUUUCAACCCUUUAUUAAUUAACUUUCCCUGGCCGUUUUUCAUUGUCAUGGCUGCCAAUUAUUGGGCGUCGACUCAACGUCGACAUUGGCUGUUUACGAAAGAAAGAUUGGCAGACAUUCGGGAGUCCUUUAGAGAGAGAGAUAAGGCCGCGCAUUCGCAAUUUCCUCUACCGGAUCAGAGGCUGCUCAACAUUUACUUUAGCCAACAACUCAUAAAGCUUGGAAAGAGGAUGUCAACUAGACAGCAAGCACUCGCUACAGCUCAAGUAUACAUCAAACGGUUUUAUACUAAAAACGAGAUAAGACAUACCAAUCCAUAUCUGGUGGUCACCACUGCAUUCUAUCUCGCUUGUAAGAUGGAAGAAUGUCCUCAACAUAUCCGAUUUGUGGUCGCAGAGGCCCGGAACUUUUGGCCCGAGUUCAUUGCCCCGGACGUGUCAAAGCUAGGUGAAUGCGAGUUCGCUUUGAUAUCCGAGAUGAACUCACAGCUCAUCGUUCAUCAUCCAUAUCGGACUUUAUCCGAGCUCCAACCAGAGCUAUCGCUUACAUCAGAUGAGGUAGCUCUGGCAUGGUCAGUAAUCAAUGAUCAUUAUCUUACCGACCUACCAUUACUAUACCCACCUCAUGUGAUUGCGGUAAUGGCCAUCAUCGUUGCUGUUGUCUUCAAACCGAGCCAGACGAGCUUCCAUGGGACUGCCGCCCCACUGGCCGGAGCGAUGAGGGAUGGAGGGGUGAAUAUCCUCGCAGCUUUGGGAGAUAAGAAUGGCGCUGGUCCGCCUCCUCGAAUUCAGAAACUUGUUGGCUGGCUUGCUGAGAGUGAGGUUGAUAUCCGAGCUGUUAUUGAAUGCACCCAGGAGCUGGUGUCUCUGUAUGAGAUCUGGGAGAAUUAUAGCGAAAAGCACUGUAAGGAGCUACUUGGCCGAAUGGUGAAGAGCAAGAAUCUGGACAAGUGAGAUUAUGUGAUGGGCCCAUUAUAAUAUUUCUCAUUUCUAGUAGUAUCGCGGCGUUUUGCUUUUGCACUGCAUUUAGGGAGUUUCUUG